CGGUUGGAAUUUCACCAUUCGAGGAACGCGCGGGUAAUUCGAUAUGAUUUGCACCGCCAUCUUUAUCAGCCACAUAAGGUACUUAGAUACUCGGGCUUGAUAUCUAAUAAUCGGAAGAGUUAAUCAUCCGAAUCUACCCCCCGGAAUUGGAACCUGCAGUUCAUACAUACGUGACGUCAGUCUCAAGGUCAAAAGUUAGAAGCGUUUCAAUACGAGCGCCAAGAGGGGUUUCAAACUCCACCAACAAAAGCUCUCACCCACUCACCUUUUUUACCACUGUAAAUCUUUACCGAAUGACCGCUGGAAACAAUGGGUCUUUAGCUAACACAGCCCACUAUCCUUGUGUCCCUGUAUCAACUCGGCACAGUUCAACACUGCACAGCCUAGUGAUCAAUGCGUUUUAAGCCAAACCUCUUUGCUUCUGUCUCCGUGCCUUUUUUCCUUAGAUAGUUUAUUGUCAUUUUAUCAUCUUUUUUGUAUUAUCAGCUAUCUAGAUUUUUAUAGUUUGAGUCUGUUUCCUUGAUACUCUCGCUUUCUCAAACUAUUGCAUAACCUACCUAGGAGGUAUACAUACAAAAUAAAUCAUCGUUCAAUUGACCGCUUGAAUCUCCGUCUGAUCCGUCUUAUCCUUUUUUUGGCUGGCCAAAAAGAAUUCGAUAUUCCCAUCGCGACAAUGCAAUUCUCCACCAUCUCCCUGUCCCUUUUCGUCGCCUUCGCUGCGGCUCAGAACUCCACGCUUCCGGAUUUGGUAUCACAAUUACCGGCGUGUGCCUCAAGCUGCCUAAACAGCUCUUCUGAAUCCGCUGGAUGCGCGGCGACGGAUUUUACAUGCCUUUGCAGUGAAGAUAAACGGCAGUCUUUCAUCAGUAGUAUCAGUGGUUGCAUUGGCCUCUCGGCCAAAUGCUCUCAAGAUGAUAUCAGCAAGCUUACCACCUUGGCUCCCGAGAUCUGCGAUGCUGCGACAUCAAACCCAGACCCAUCCGCCGUUGCGUCGGCGUCGAACAUAAUUACCUCGGCUAUUGGCCCUACCUCGACUCCCGACGCCGGUGUUAGACCGGAAGUUGGAAUGGGAUUAGUUGGAGUUGCUGCUUUCGCGGCUUUGGCUCUUUAAACUUUUCCCUGGACCUCGUCAACCCAUACAUAUUGGGAGGCGCUAUUUCUUCUUAGGGUAGAUGGAUCUUACGAUCUUUAAUGACUCGGUAUAGGGAUAGGUAGUUACAUCUUAGAUAAUAGACUGGUCGGAUGGGUUGCAAUCUGCAAGGUUAGGGAUAAUUGGGGGUUUAGUAGCACAUUCUCAAUUCUCAAGGGAAACUCAAAGGUCCUGGUCUCAGUAUCAUUGAAGACAUUAGGGGUCUAAUGUGUAUUGCAUAUGGGUGGUACUAGGGAUACCUUAGGCGUAUAUAUAUCAGGUACCUAUACAUGCCCGGACUCUUCACAGGUUGAUUCUCAGAUUCUUUACAUAUAGUGAUGGUUAGUACGUCGAACACACGUCUGGUCUGUUGUUGACGUUUGAAUUAGAC